AUGCCCGAUUCACAACCGUCAACUCCCCUGCGCAGAGAGCGCGCGCCAACCAUCACCAUUGAUACAUCCGCCGUGAACUCCCCCGAGACGUCAAAUCCCCAGGUUUUGUCCGGAGACAACUCGGCCUCACCCUUCGCUGAUAGUAAUGGGGACAACAAUGGUGUUUCACCCACGGAAAUGCGGUCCACCGCAUCGAUUCGCUCCAACGGCUCCUCCGAGGCCCGAGAUAGGGAGGAUCGACCAUUAUCGCCUCACAACAUCUCCUCACCAACAAAAGCACCCGAGGCGCAAUCGAAUUUCCUCUCUGUCCCCGGAGCGCGCUCCCGAGGGAACUCUCUAGAGUCCGAGGACACCAGUCAAACAUCCUCCACAUACGGUGGCGAGACAUACGUCCCGUCCGCCUCUCACGGAUCAAAAUCCGACCUCACCAAGAAUGUCUUUGUCGACGACGAGGAGCCGCUGACCCCAGACCCCGGCCGGGAAUCGGAGUUCGAGGUCGAAGACAACAAGUUCGCCUUCUCACCCGGCCAGCUGAACAAGCUACUCAACCCGAAGAGCUUCGGCGCAUUCCGUGCGUUGGGUGGCUUGCGAGGACUCGAGAAGGGACUUCGGACUGACGUCCGAAGCGGCUUGAGUGUGGAUGAGAAUUUACUCGACGGAACGGUCAACUUCGAGGAUGCCGUUUCCCCAGGUGGCUCGUCCAAGGCUGCCUCGGCGAACCCAUCGCCCACCACCGAGGGUUCUCUGAAGGAAACCCAAAACGACUUCACCGAUCGCCGAAGGAUCUACGGCGAUAACAAGCUUCCAGAAAGGAAGUUGAAGACGAUCUGGGAGCUCGCUUGGAUUGCAUACAACGACAAAGUAUUGAUUCUUUUGACCGUUGCGGCAAUCAUUUCCCUUGCUGUUGGUAUUCCACAAUCACUUCAUCCUGCAAACCCAGAUGAACCUGGAGUGGAAUGGGUUGAAGGAUUGGCCAUUUUGGUAGCUAUCAUUAUCGUUGUGACUGUUGGUGCAGCCAAUGACUGGCAAAAAGAACGACAAUUCGCGAAACUCAACAAAAAGAAAGAGAACCGACAAGUAAAAGUGACACGAUCCGGUCGGACGGAGGAAAUCUCCGUCCACGAUGUUUUGGUUGGCGAUGUCAUGCUUCUAGAACCUGGUGACCUGGUUCCAGUCGAUGGCAUCCUGAUCGAAGGCCAUGACCUCAAGUGCGACGAAUCCUCGGCCACUGGAGAGUCCGACGUUCUUCGGAAAACCCCCGGCGAGGAGGUGUAUCGCAAAAUUGAGCAACAUGAAGACUUGAAGAAGAUAGACCCUUUUAUCAUUUCCGGUGCGAAAGUCUCCGAAGGUGUCGGCACCUUUUUGGUCACUGCUACAGGCAUGCACGCUACGUUUGGCCGGACUAUGAUGUCUCUCCAGGAGGAGGGUGAAACUACACCUUUGCAAACCAAGCUGAACGUAUUGGCCGAGUAUAUUGCAAAGCUCGGUCUUGCCUCGGGUUUGUUACUGUUUGUGGUUUUGUUCAUUAAGUUCCUGGCUCGCCUCCACAACAUCGAAGGAGGUGCAGAUGCCAAGGGGCAAGCAUUCCUACAGAUCUUCAUUGUUGCCGUUACUAUCGUCGUCGUCGCAGUGCCUGAGGGUUUGCCGCUGGCCGUCACUCUUGCUCUCGCCUUUGCAACGACACGAAUGAUUAAAGAUAACAAUCUCGUCCGUUACCUGAAAGCCUGUGAAACCAUGGGCAAUGCCACGACGAUUUGCUCCGACAAGACUGGAACAUUAACGGAAAACAAAAUGACUGCAGUAGCCGCCACAUUGGGUACCACUUCACGCUUUGGAAAGUACUCUGGUGUCUCGGCUGACGAUCAGACCGAAAUCUCCCCUUCUGAAUUUGUGUCUUCGCUUUCACCAUCUAUCAAGGAUCUCUUACUCCAAUCGAUUGUCUUCAACUCUACUGCAUUUGAAGGUGAGACAGAUGGAGUCAAGACGUACAUUGGAUCCAAGACAGAAACUGCCCUCUUGACCUUCGCCCGGGAUAACCUCGGAAUGGGGCCACUUGGAGAAGCCAAGGCCAACGGCGAACUCGCGCAGAUUUACCCAUUCGACUCGGGACGCAAAUGCAUGGCGGUCGUUCUCAAGCUUGAGAACGGAAAGUACCGAAUGCUUGUCAAGGGUGCUGCGGAGAUCUUGGUCGCAAAGUCUUCACGCAUUAUUCGUGACCCGACAGCCGAAUUAUCCGAGUCUCCUCUCUCUGACGAAGCUAGAAGCUCAUUGGAUACCAUCAUGGUCAACUACGCCUCGCGUUCUCUCCGUUGUAUCGCCCUUUCCUUUCGUGAUUUUGAACAGUGGCCACCUCGUGGCGCCCCGAUCUCGGAAACCGACCGUAACCAGGCAGUAUUCGAGCCAAUCUUCAAGGAUAUGACGAUGUUGGGUAUCUAUGGAAUUCAGGAUCCGGUGCGAGCUGGAGUUUCCGAGGCGGUCUACGCUUGUCAGCGGGCUGGAGUUUUCGUUCGCAUGGUGACUGGAGACAAUAUCAAUACCGCAAAGGCAAUUGCUCAAGAGUGUGGAAUUUACACGCCCGGUGGUAUUGCUAUUGAAGGCCCUAAAUUCCGCAAGCUGAGCAGCCGCCAGAUGAACCAGAUCAUCCCUAGGCUUCAGGUCAUCGCCCGGUCAAGCCCAGAUGACAAGAAGAUCUUGGUGAAUCAGUUGAAGAAGCUAGGAGAGACUGUCGCUGUCACUGGAGAUGGUACCAACGAUGCUCAAGCGCUCAAGAACGCCGAUGUUGGUUUCGCUAUGGGUAUUGCUGGUACUGAAGUCGCGAAAGAGGCGUCUGAUAUUAUUCUUAUGGAUGACAACUUCUCCUCCAUCGUCAAAGCUAUGGCCUGGGGUCGUACUGUUUGUGACGCCGUGAAGAAGUUCCUGCAAUUCCAAAUCACUGUCAACAUCACCGCUGUCGUUCUUACCUUCGUCUCUGCCGUCGCUAGUGGCAACGAAGAUUCAGUCCUCAGCGCAGUUCAAUUGCUUUGGGUCAACUUGAUCAUGGAUACCUUCGCUGCUCUCGCUUUGGCCACAGAUCCUCCCACGGAAACUGUCCUCGACCGAAAGCCUGAAUCGAAAUCCGACCCGCUCAUUACAUUGACGAUGUGGAAGAUGAUUGUUGGGCAAUCUAUCUACCAACUUGUCGUGACCUUUGUUUUAAACUUCGCUGGCAGUCACAUCUUCACCUGGGAGCACGAACACAUGCAGACUGUGGUUUUCAACACCUUCGUCUUCAUGCAGAUUUUCAAUCAGUACAAUUCACGCCGCAUCGACAACAAGCUCAAUAUCAUGGAGGGCAUCUGGAAGAACAACUGGUUCAUUGGCAUCCAGCUCAUCAUCAUUGGAGGCCAAGUCCUGAUCGUUUUCGUUGGUGGUGCCGCUUUCUCUGUCAAGCGUCUUGACCAAGGCUCCCAGUGGGCUGUCAGUCUUGUACUCGGCGCACUUUCACUUCCCAUUGCCGUGAUCAUUCGCCUGAUCCCAGACGAGUUCGUCAGCAGACUCAUUCCAAACUUCUGGUCACGCGACAAGGGACCCGAACUCGUCAUUUCCGACGAAGACCGCAACUACGAAUGGAACCCAGCCAUCGAAGAGAUUCGCGACCAGCUCGCUUUCAUCAAGCGAGUCCGCGGUGGCCGUCUCCGCCACAUUCGCCACAAGCUCCAGCACCCCCAGGAAUUCCUUCCUCGGUCCCGCAGCGGCUCCCGCUCCCGCGAUUCCUCUUCCCCGCCUACACCCAACGAGGACAUUGAGAACGAGGGUAGCCAAAGCCCUCAGCCCAUGACCCCUGAGUCCCGCUCCCGACGCAACACACGGUCCCGCUCAAACUCUGCAUUUGGUCCCGCCGCCGCCAUGGCAGGCAUCGUCGCCGGCAGCAUUGCCGGCUGGUCUCCCAUCGAGCGAGGCCACGGCGAAGCCGACUCAAUCACUUUUCCCACAACCGGCGGGCCAUACAGCGGUCUAGACCGCGAACAAGGCAUUGAAGUGCACCCGGAUACCGCGGCAGACGAACGCAUCCUGAGCGACUACUCUGCGACAUCCAAAACACCACCAAGUCAAAACCCAGACUUGACUCCGUUCUUCGAACAUGCACCGUCUGAGCGCGCCCCCUCAAGCCGUGGACGUCGCUCUUUGUCUCAACGGUCAAGAUCGAGUCUCAGCCAGUCGCAGUCGCACGUUUGA